AUUAUAGGGAGGAAGGGAGAGCAGGAGUGAGAAAGAGGGUGGGAGGGAGAGAGAAGAAGUGUGAGGGCAGAAACAAUAAGUUCUCCCCCCUGACCUUGUACAAUGCUUGCUCCCUCUUCCCUUAAACCUUUCGUCUCGGCCAAGGAAGGGGCAUCACUACAAACAGUUGCUUGUUAAGGCCGGGUUUGCAAGGUGUGUGUGUGUGUAUAUAGGAAAACAACAGGAGACCCGAAGCACAGGCAGUGCUUGAUUAAUAAUAAUAACAAUAACAGCACCACUAGCAACCCUCAUCAUCAUCAUCAACAUAGAAAGUAAUACAGUGACAGCUCCUUCGCAUAGAGAAAAAUAACUGUGUAUAUAUAUAUAUAUAUAUAUCUGUAUCUAUCUAUCUAUAUAUAUAUAUAUAUAUAUAUACACAAACGCACACUCAUAUAAUAAUAAUAUAUACAUACAUAUGUAUGUGUGUGUGUGUGGUUUAGUAAGCUAGCUAUCUUCGUUUUAUUUUCGCCCUUACAGCUUGGCUCCACCACAUUUUCUGGGAUUUACAGCUAGGUGAACUAUACCUCACCAUGUUACCUAUACACAGGAAUCAAGAUUCUCAAGAACAAGUCUGUAAGCUGGCAACUUUGCAGCUGAAGGCAGAUCCAUGCUGAAAAGAAUUUGAGUCCAUUUUGUUAUGAACAGAAGCUUCUGUACAUCAAUGAAUCCAACCAAAAUGAUUCUGAACUACAAAUACCACAGACACCCUGAACCGGCAACUUUUGGCCAUGUGAUAAAACUAAAAGCAUAGAUGCUGCCUCUGCACACCCUCGGACACUUUGAAAACUGGCAUCAAAUUAUUGCUCUGCUCUAUAACACAGAAUUACACAGCUAACCUGCUGGUGGAGUUGCUGGUGAUCUUGCUAAAGCUUGCACAACACCAGUGUGUAUUUUUGUUGUUUUGUUCUUUGACUUUCAGUUGAAGUUUUUAUUUAUUUAUUAUUAAUAUUAUUUUUACAUUUAAAAAAAAAAACAACCCUUUUUGUCAUAAUUGUUUAUUUUUUUUUGGAAAAGUGUUUAGAAAAUGCAGCCUAGUCCAGCUGCACCAAAGAAGCGCAAACGGGUGCACUCGUGUUCGAUAUGCGGUGGGUCGUAUAGCACGCCAUCGCAGCUGCAGCGUCACUCGAGAGUGCAUAGCGGAGAAAGACCUUAUGUAUGUAACCUGUGCGGCCGUCGCUUUACACGCUCAGAUCAUGUAAAGCAACAUCUCAAGAUACACUCGCCACAUCGGCAGAAGAACAUGUGCCGUAUUUGCGGGUCACAGUUCUACAAGUCACAGAUACUCGGCAGUCACUUACGACGCCACGACGUCUACCAGAUCCACUUGUGCCACCAGUGCGGCGAAGGUUUCCAGGAAGCCGAGGAACUUGAGAAACACGAACGGCUCCAUAACAUCAAGACGGACAUAAGAUCGAGUGGGGAGGGAGCUGACGGAGUACCAAGUACCAGUACGGAGACGAGUACGACUGAAGGUGAAGGAAAAUGGCUUGGUUGUGCUCGUUUCUGUCUCGCUCAGAUACCGUCGAUUGGCAACAAGAUCGUGCAGCCAUCUGAUAGGAAAACUGACACCAGCAACAAUGCUGUUGGUGGUGACCAGGACAGCAACAACAGCAACAAUGCCUCAGCUGAUAUCAAUGAUAAUAACAACACCACCACUGUUAUCAUGGCUGCCAAUCUCCAAGACCAGUCGUUCGACGCCGAUCUCUCGACUUCCAAGCCCAGCUCGAAUGAGGAUAAUGAACCGCUGCAAAUAGCCGUAUCUCCUGGCUACUCUCUCGUAGGCCCCGCAGCAGACGUCGGAGACGAGAGCACCAUAACUGCCAGCGAUGCCCUGCCCAGCAGCUCCAAUGCUGCCUUCUACAUGGUGACAGGGAAGUCUGGUAGCAACAGCACUGACACCGAGGGUGCGCUGUCAAAAUCUACAACAGUAGAUGGCAAUUCCAAUAGAAGUGCCCUGCGCAAAGCCAGCAGGCCACAGAAGGCUGUUAUAAAACGUGAACCAGUUGUCAGCAGUGGUACAAAGACUGCACCAAGGUGUACAAUAAGCCUUUUGGCUACCAACAAAAGCAGUGUGACACGUGCCGAAGUGUGCACCCGUCGCAUGAUCUCAUCAAACAAGACAACAGGCAUCUCAAACUCAGUUGUGCUGACUGCAGUCAACAGCCAUAGCAACAACAACAGCAACAAUAACAACAACACCAACAACAGCAACAACAACAGUAACAGCAACAACAACAACAACAGCAACAACAACAGCAACAAUCCUUCGUCAUUGACUUUACCGCCAUACUUAUUGAAUGGCAAGAGACUGGGACGCUGUGAAUACUGCGGAAUCUGGUUUGAGGACUAUGCUAUGUGCAUGUUGCACAACAGCCUGCAUUCCGCAGAUGAUGCUGAUCCAUUCACUUGCAGAAAAUGCCUGAAGAAACUCGGCAACCGGCUGGAGUUUAUGGCGCAUCUGGUCUGGCAUUUAGACCCAGAGUUACCAUAGAAAUAAAAGCAGGCAGGCAAAGAAGCAAAUUACUUUUGUGGAGACAAACGCUUACAGCAUCUGUUGGUGUAGAGAUGAGAAAAGAUACAAGAAUUAAAAGAAAAAAAGAAUAAUCAAAGAAAUUUGAAAAAAAAUAUACAGAAAUUAAAAAAAAAAAAUCAAAGAAGGAAACACACAUUCACACAUACACCAAGUAAUAACAUCGACUAAUUAAGAAAACAGCAGGAAAAUUAAAUAAAAAGAGGAAUUCCAAUAAUGAUGGUGGGGGCUGUUUUUAAUCCCUGCCCCUCCCCCCAGCUGAGACAAAUAUUUGAAGCAAAAAACAAAAAAAAAAACUGAAUGAAGACAAUCAAAUCAGCUCUGUGUGUAGUAAGGAUGUACGAAAGCUCCUCUUUUUUGGUGCAAAAUGGCAAAGUGCAGCAGGAUCUGUCAAAGCAGCAAUCGUUUGCCAAAGUUCUGACAAGCUCUCUUGUUCUGUGCAUAUUUUGUUACAACAUGUCUGCAUGCAUGCUCACAGGCAUGCAUACACACACACACACACACUGCUCUUCACAGACCAGCUCCAUUUCUACUAAACACACACACACAAACACACACACACACACACACAAAGCACACAAGCACAUUCAUACCACAAAGUUAUAUUUAAAUGCACACAUUAAAAAAAAUACAUAUAUGUGUACACACACAUGCACAUGGACACAUGCACACAUACACAUGCACACAUACUCAUGCAUAUACACACACACACACAUGCAAAUACACGUAUACACAUACAUUAUAUUAUUGGUUAAUUGUUAAUUGAUGUUACAUCCUUGUUAAACUAACGAGGUUUAACCAGCUUUAGAUGAAAUAGUUGAGGUCAGCAAGAUGUUGGAGAAGGUCUGAGAGGAGCGGUAGGAGGACUGGGAGUAGGGCAGGGGGAUAAUCACACUACCACCGCCAUCACCAACAACAUCAUCUCAUGAUGAUGAGGGUGGUGGUGGCAGUGGUAAUGGCACUGGUGGUGGUGGUAUGACAGUGGUAAUGUAUAAUACCAGUCAAAUAUUGGGGUCUGUACUGUUGACCACACACCUCCUGGGGUCUACAAAUCAAGGUGAGCAAUGCUUAUUAUUAAUAUUAUUUUUGGAAAUAGGGCAUUGAUGUUUGUGGAGUAAGGAGAUGCUGGUUGUAACAGAUGGGAACUCCUUUGGUCACUAAAAGAAAAAUCUAAAUACCAGUGAUACACCACUUCACACUGGGGUUAAGGGGGGAGCAUGGUAUUGGUUUUCUUCUUUUCUUAUCUGACAAUUACAUCAUCAUCAUCAUCAUCAUCUUUUGUUAUCUUCAGUGGUGCAUUUCCUUCUCCAUCCUUUCUUUUGUACAUCUUAACACACACACACACCUAUAAGUGUGUGCUCUUGUAUCUAUGUGAGAAAUUAUUAUUAUUAUUAUUAUUAUUAUUAUUGUUAUUAUCACUAUUGUUGUUGUUGUUGUUAAGGGCAGUAGAAUGCUUCAUUGAAUCUAGUAAUUCACUGUUCUGGGUUAGAAACCUUUGAUACAAUUGCUAAAUAAAGGGCAAGUGAUAGACUGGGGUUACGUUUGCUUGUGCACACCCACUGUUCUUUAGAAACAAUGGCUCCUGUGUUCGUUUUUUGUUUUAGAUGUCAAACCACUGGAAAAGGUCCUCAUUCCAGACAAUUUUUAUUGCUUAUAGGGCAUCAUCACCGAGAGAAGUCCAACGGUCCAUGUUUUCAUUGUGGUACUGUGUACUGUUAUGAAGUCAAAACAUUUCAUUUGUCAGUAAAUGAAUCCAUCACAUCAUCAACUGACUCAUUCAUUAGCUGAGUUCAAGUUGUCGUGUGCACCUAGUGACAAACCCCACUGUAGACUAAGUGGGAGUAAAACUUCACCCACAAGAGAUCAUGAGAUUAGCCAAUCUCUUUGUCAUUCCCCACACCAUCAAUGGUUUUAAGCCUUUCACAAGCAAGUUGAAAAUGUUUGUGUGUGUAAAAAUAUAUGAAUCUAUACACACUAUAACUUAUACACCCUGAUAUUGCCAUUCUUGUUAAAAGUAUGGACUGUUUUUCAUCCCUGAUUCUAUGAGACCACCCCUUCCUACAUCCCUACAUGCAGAACCCUCUACUUGGCAACUCAAUCCUAUCACACUGUAUGUGGAUGAUGGAAUUGAGAGCCUGGAAAUAGCAUGGUUAAAGAUGGAAUAUCUUUGAUGUGGUCCAACAUGGAGUUAAGCAAUAAUUACCACUAAAUAUUAAUGAAGUAAGAAUGUGGACCUAUUGUCAGCCAAGCAGACUGGCAUUAACCUUAUCACAAAGCUUCAUAAUUACUGCAUAAUGACUGCAAUAGCUAAAUAUUAAACUCAGAGUGUCUCUUGCUAUUUCAUUAUGGAAUGGGAGGGGAACUGGUCUGUCAGUUCCCCAUGCCAAGACAUGUUCUCUGGCAAGGGGUCAAGGGACAAGGACUGCAAGAAAAGCAGUUUGGUUCUCCAUAAAUCAGACAAGUAGUAUUACUGUUCCAUCUUACAGGCUAUUUGUACUUUCAGUGGCAUAUAUAAUGUGUGUGUGUGUGUGUGUGUGUGUGUGUGAAAAUACCAGUAAAAGAUGCCAGACUCUGUCCUUGUUUCCAAGGAAUAUAUCGCAUUCUGCCACUUCAGACAUAUGUCCAAGCUCCCUGUUGCUGUUUUUGAGGGGUUUUCUUUCCUUGCAGCUGAAAUUUUUACCAACAUUGGCUUCUUCACCUAUUUAGGCUUGCUUAUAUGGCAAUCCAUUCCACAGUUUUCUGUAUAUAUUUGUUUUGGGGCUUGUUAUUGUUGUUGUUUUUUGUUUAGUUAUUGCACAAUGAAGGUUGAAUGUAGGUGGCUGGUGGUGUGUGUCAUUGUAUAAUCCACCCUUCUAAUUGAGCUGUAAAAUCUUUGGGCAGGUACAACAGGUGAGGAAAUAGGCUCAGGUAGCAUCAUCAUUCAGCCUACCACUUGUAUUGAAUGACCCCUCUUUAGCGGGGAGCUUGUCACAUUUAUUCUUUCUGAUCUAAGCACAAGGUUUGCAAUUUUUAAAGGAAGGGGUCUGUCAGUUAUGCUCACCCCAGUAUUCAGCUGGUACUUCAUUUUAUCCAAUCAGAGUUCAAUUCUGCAGGAUUUUAACUCGGAACAAAAGAAUCAGAAGAAAUACCACUAAACAUAUUUCCACCACUCCAGCACUUCGACCAGUUUGCAGCCUUACUGAUAAUAAUGAUGAUGAUGAUGAUAAUAAUAAUAAUAAUCCUUUCUAAUAUAGGGCACAAGAUCUGAAAUUUUGUGGCAGAGAAUUGAUUACAUCAAGCCAAGUCCUUGACUGGGACUUCAUUUCAUUGAGCCUGAAAGAAUGAAAGGCAAAGUUGACCUUGGCGGAAUUUGAACUUUGAACUUAAAGAUGCACAAAAUGCUGCUAAGCAUUUUGCCUGGCAUGCUAACCAUUCUGCCAACUCACUGCCCUAAUAAUAAUAAUGAUAAUGAUGAUGAUGAUAAUGAUGCUGAUAAUGAUGAUGAUGAUGAUGAUGCUGAUAGUAAUCACUACUUUAAUUACCCUGAGGGUACAAAUGAAAACAUUACAAAGCAUAAUAUAUUUGGUGGCCGUAAUGAAAUAUUGCUGAAGAUGUGUGUUUGUUGUAAAAUAAGAGCUGUAAGAGUUGUAUGUAGUGGUUCAAUCCUCAUCUGAUGCAGAACUUAAUGUGUUGAGAGUGGAAUAGGAUGUGUUUAUUUCAUCAUCAUCAUCACCAUUUAACCUCCACGUUCCAGACUGGCAUAAGACGGACAGUUGAAGAGGGUCCAAGCCAGAGAACUGCAUCAAGCUCCAAUGUUUCUCUUGGCAGGGUUUCCACAGCUGGAUGACAUUUUCUGAUGCUGGGCCCCUUUACAGAGCAUAACGAAUGCUUUAGUCGUGGCACCAGCACUAACGAGGUCAGCAAGUAACUCACAAGACAAGACCCCUAAACUGAGCAGGGAGUAGUAGUGAGAGAGGUGGCUAGAUUACGCUAGGUGAUGAGCAGGAUAGAGGGA